CGUCGUAAAGGUUAAAGGUUAGAGCUAUGAUGGACGCGCUCUGAAUGUAAACAGUAGUGUUCUUUGCUUGUGGGAGGACAGAUAUGAGACUGUUGUCGCAGGCGGUGAAGUUUGCGGUGACUCACCCGGAGAAGAGCCGCAGACACUUCUGGGGCUGGCUCAAUGCCGUUUUCAACAAGGUGGACUAUGAAAGGAUAAAAGCUGUGGGCCCAGACCGAGCAGCAGCAGAGUGGUUGCUGAGAUGUGGUGCUAAAGUGCGCUUCCAGGAUUUUGAUCGCUGGCAUCACGACUACAACGCAUUGCCAACUGGGUCUCUGGGUAGAUACAAGAUCCAGGCGAUUGACGCCACUGAAUCCUGCAUCAUGUACAAAGGGUUUGACUACCUGGAUGGUUUGAAACAUUUGGAAGAAGUUAAGUUCAAUAAGUGUAUCUACAUUGAAGAUGCCUGUCUGGAGAGGCUGACCUCCAUAGAGAACCUGCAGGAGAGCUUGUACAUGAUGGAGGUGGUGUCGUGUGGAAAUGUGACUGAUAAGGGCAUUAUCGCCCUGCACAAACUCAGGAACCUGGAGUAUCUGUUUCUCAGUGAUCUUCCCGGAAUCAAAGACAGACAGACAACAGUUGACAGGCUGCAAACGGCACUUCCACGUCUGGAAAUACAGCUGGACCUGGACUGAUCGUGUGAAUGGCACACAGCACAACAUCCAUUAUUCUUAGGUUUUUAGGGUAUUUUGUCAUGAGAAGGUGUGGAGUAAUCAUUCACAGAGUUGUCACUUCGUCAGUCCAACAAAGAGUCAAAUGAAAUCGCUUGUGACACUAGUUCACUUUGAUAUUUAUUCAAGGUAACUCCAUAUGUGUGUACAUAGAGAAAGCAAUUGAAAAGGUUUAUUUUAAGAGUAAUUUACAUCUUUUCUUUUUAGAUUAUUUUGGCAUUCAUCAUAAAAUAUCUGAGGAUAAACAGAUGGCUGAAAACAUCCUUAGCACCAAUAUUCCAUAGACGUUGAGUACAGUGUGACUGCUGCUAAUAAAUGUUCGUGAAAGUGGGAUAAAGGAUGUUUAUGUCUGUAUUCACUCCUAAUGUCAAUAAAUAAGAUUUUCUGAAA